GGUGUGACGUAGGAGGAAGGAGACGCCAUUAGAGGGAAGCAGAGGGAUCGUUCUUCGCCUUUCCUCCGGUGCCUGACGUGGUGGGCUGGGGCCCUUCGUUCUCGGACUUUCCCUCAGCCCUUCCAGGCCUCGCCCGAGGAGGGAGUGGGGACAGCGCCCGUCGGCGGAGCCGGGGUGGUGGGGGCUGAGCCGGCUGUGGCUGUGAAGGCGCUGCCGCGGCUGUGGGGAGGGCGGCGCGACACUCGGGCUCGGGCGGCCGGGAAGCGACGGGAUGGCUGCGGCCGGCGGCGGCGGGGCGGCGGCGGCGGGCCGAGCCUACUCGUUCAAGGUGGUGCUGCUGGGGGAAGGCUGCGUGGGGAAGACGUCGCUGGUGCUGCGCUACUGCGAGAACAAGUUUAACGACAAGCACAUCACAACUCUGCAGGCAUCAUUCUUAACAAAGAAGUUAAAUAUUGGUGGGAAAAGAGUAAACCUUGCCAUAUGGGAUACGGCAGGUCAAGAGAGAUUCCAUGCAUUGGGUCCAAUUUACUACAGAGAUUCAAAUGGAGCUAUUUUAGUUUAUGACAUAACAGAUGAAGAUUCUUUUCAGAAGGUAAAAAACUGGGUCAAAGAAUUACGGAAAAUGUUGGGAAAUGAAAUCUGUUUAUGUAUAGUUGGUAAUAAAAUAGACUUGGAAAAGGAAAGACAUGUUUCCAUUCAAGAAGCAGAGUCGUAUGCAGAAUCUGUGGGAGCAAAACAUUAUCAUACGUCAGCCAAACAGAACAAAGGAAUUGAGGAACUCUUUCUUGACCUUUGUAAAAGGAUGAUAGAAACAGCACAAGUGGAUGAGAGAGCAAAAGGUAAUGGCUCUAGUCAGCCGGGGACUGCAAGGCGAGGUGUACAGAUUAUUGAUGAUGAACCUCAAGCCCAGACCAGUGGUGGAGGGUGCUGUUCUUCUGGAUAACUGUUCACGCCUAAGAAAUUAAAAGACAGAACAAAACUGUGGAUCAUUGCCCUCAACAUGAAGACUGCCAUAUUCCAAGUCACAUUAUUUUACCAAUGGAAUUAUAGAAUUAACAGUAUUUUAAAUUACGUUUAUAACACUGCAGAGACCUUAAGUGCUAAACUUAGUGGAGUUUGUGACCAGAGAAUUGGCAUUUUCUACAAAUGUUAACAAAGCAAUUACCAAUGGCCUUUUUACAUUUUUUUUUCUUUAAUGAGGAAUAAUAUGCAUGUAGAAAAGACCUACUUAAAGGCUUCAUUUAUAUUCUUUCAAAUCAAAUCUUUAUUUAAUAACUUAUAUAUGUUGUUGGAAUGGUUACAUUUUUGCAGCCCUUUGUAUUUUGUGGUAGUUUGAAUUGUAUCACUUCUAAACAGCAAACUGUUUUUGUUUCUGUUUUUGUUUUUAAUUAGCAGAUAUCUGAAGUACUAUUUUUGCAGGGUUUGCACAGGCCCAUAACUGUCUACUACUUUGAUAUAAUCUGUAUACAUCCUGUAUGCUGAGCUGGUAAAAUACAUUGUAAAUUACAUAUUAAAUAUUUUAUCUGCUUUUACAAGCGCAAGGUGCAAAAAUAUAUACAAUAGUCUCAUUGAUGACUGUAAAGUGAAUUAACAUUUGGUGAUUAUGCCUAAGCUUUUUUGACUAAUAUAAAGAUCAUAACUCCCCUUCACUUCUGUCUUAACUUGAACAUGGCGUGUUUAAAUUUUUAUACAUACUUUACUUGAAUUAUUGCUGUUGUCACUUAUUUUUGCCUCUGUGAGUUCAUCUGAUGAUUGAGCAGUAGCAUUUGCCUUUUGGUUUCUUUGUUUUAUAGAAGAGAUCACUUCUGCUGAUUUUGCUUUAGAAUGGUUACCUUAGAAGAUUUCACUUUUGCAAAAUCUUUAGUUUUCUCAUAGGCUUUAUAAGAGAUAGGUUAAGUGGUAUGAGCAGAGGAAGUACCCAGAUAGUAGCCAGUUACCAAGACUCAUUCAUACAGCAUGCCUGAGGCAGCACUUUUAGAUCCUUUGUGAGCAAGUUCUAUUUGUUCAUUGCUUGCCAGAGAUGAACACAGAAUGUUCUGUUUCAUUUUAUAAGAACUAUCCUGAGUUUCUGUGGAUGGAAACAUUACAUGUAAUUUAGUUAUAGUGAACACUGGAAAGAUUUAUUAAAUAAUUAUAUUUGUGUAUACUUUAUAAAUUAGUCCCUCAUUAGAUUUUUUUUCUUAAGCAUAAGACUGAACUUAAAUGUGUUAAUUUUAGUAGAAUCAGGCACUGCUCACAGAAGGAACACAGAUUGUAGAAAUUAACAUAAAUUGUUCUUGUUCUAAUAUAUAUAUUUUUUCAUUUCUGUCAUGCUUGGAAAACUAGUAAAUAUUAUGUCUAAGAUAAAAUGGAAUGGCCCCUGGAUUUACUUCUUAUAAGAAGCAGUAGUAUGUAAUAAAGCUGUUAACAUGAGCAAUUAGGAGGCUAUAAAGAGAUUAUAGUUACAAAAGAAAUACUGCCAUAUUUUUAAGUUAAUAACUUAAGCCUUCUCAAAUGGGUUAAAAGUUGAAUGAAUUGACACCCUGAUGUUACGAUGUUAGAAUUUUAACUUAAAUUAGAAGGCUUUCUGUGAGCCUUCACUUUACCUUCUUUAAUUAUUGUCCUUGCUAAACUCAACACAGACUUUUCUGUUAUGUGUUUUUGAGGAAGUUGGGGUGGGAAGAGUCGGAGAUAAGCUAAAAUUGUCUUCUUUUACGGGGUAAUUGUACUCUUGGUUUCCUGUGAAGUUAGUGUUUAUGUAGGGGUGGGGGAAGGCAGCAAGAAUCAUGAGUAUCACUUGUUUUUGCCCUCCUGGCUCUUUCAGACAGAGUGAAGAAAGCUUUUCCAUUCUUACUGUUGUAGAUGUAGAUGGGAAAUAAGCUUUUCUCAUUGCAGUGAAAUACGUUUUAAAAACUAGAGUUGCUGGGUGCAGAAGCAUGCACUUUUAGGGCCAGCUACUUGGGAGAGUGAGGCAGGAGGGUCACUUGAGCCCAGGAUUUCAAAUCUAGCCUAGGUAACACUGAGACCUCCAUCUCUAAAAGACACAAAAACUAGUUAGAGAUGAAAUUGAGCUUUAUUUUAAAAAACGUUCUAAAGCCUGAUAAUUGGAGAGCUAUGCUUCGGCUUUUCAUCCUUUAAUGAAACAGCCAGAUGGGAACCUCUGCUCCAGAACUGCCAGAUAAUUAUUGGUGGGUUAUAACUAUUCUCCAUAUAUAGUUUUUUCUUUUCUCUCCUUUGGUUUCUGUGUUAUCUUUCUUAACUUCCUGCAUUUCUUUAUCCUUUUUAGUGGGGGCCUGUAAUUCAGGCUAAUUCAACAGCAACAAUACACAACAUGAUAUGGCUGCUGUCACUUUAAAACCUGAAAGGUCUUUGGGUAGGAACAGAGUAAUGAAAGAGGACCAGUCAACUUCAAUAUAUAUACAAAGGAAAGACAGAUGAUAAACCAAGGCUGAGGAAAUUUUUCUGAUACUUUCUUCAUUUCUCCAAUGUAUCUUUUGCAUUCUUUUUCUGAUAAUUGUGUUAUUAGGAGGAAGAUACAAGUUACCACAUUGUGUAUUAAAAGCAGUAGGUAGGUUGAGCCAGUAGUUUUUCAACUGGUAAGCAUAUACAGUUAAAUUAUAUAAUUAAAAAUUGGUUUAAGAUAGUGAUUAAAAUUACCUGAAUAUAAUGUUAAAAGUAUACAGUCAUUGUUUCUGUAAUGAUGAUGGGUAUUCUGCUUCUUGUUUUUCAUUGUAAUUACAGGGGAAGAUUGUUUUUAAAAAUGUAUAUUGCCGUGCUUUUGGGAUAAGCAGUAAUAUGAAAAGAAAAAAUAUGAAAAGAAAAAAGCAUUAUGUUACUGUAUGAAAUAUAAGUGUUCAAAUUUA